CACAGACAUGGAGCUGUCGCCAUGGAACUGUCAGUGAUUUUUUUUUUAUCACAAAACGUCAGUUUCGGAUUUAAUAACGCUUGUUUGAGAAUGAAAGGCGUUAGCUGCAAAGUUUUGCUGCUGUCCCUUUUGCUGUUAUUUGUAAAUCCGUGUGUGCCAGAGCGAGUUGAAAGGGAAAACUCGUUGGACCUGCCUGUGAGUGAUGACGACGGAGGGAACGUGAAGUAUACGGAUAAUACUCCGGCUGAAAAUCAGUUAAAACAUCAAAAAGAAAAUGGACUCGAUUUACACGACCAACAGAAAGAUGGACAGUCCGUCAGCAAGUCCAAUGACACUGAUAACUAUAUCAAUGAGACCCUCCACUCUACAAAACCAACCGUUAAGCCGACAACCCCAGCACCUCCAACUGCUAAGCCCAUUCUUCCUGUGCAGACGGGGGUCAAAGCCCAAGAAGAAGAGCAGUCCAGCGGAUUGACCAUAUUCUUUAGCCUGCUGGUUAUUGGUAUCUGCAUCAUAUUGGUGCACCUGCUUAUCAAGUUCAAGCUGCAUUUUCUUCCAGAGAGUGUUGCUGUUGUGUCGCUUGGCAUUCUCAUGGGAGGCUUCAUCAAGAUCAUUGAAUUUCAGGAAUUGGCCAACUGGAAGGAGGAGGAAAUGUUCCGACCCAACAUGUUCUUCCUUUUGCUCCUGCCGCCCAUCAUUUUUGAAUCUGGAUACUCUUUACAUAAGGGUAACUUCUUCCAGAACAUUGGAUCCAUCACCCUUUUUGCUGUGAUUGGCACGGCCAUCUCUGCCUUCAUAGUCGGAGGAGGUAUUUAUUUCCUGGGGCAGGCCGAUGUGAUCUAUAAGAUGUCCAUGACUGAUAGCUUUGCCUUUGGCUCGUUGAUCUCAGCUGUGGACCCUGUCGCUACCAUCGCCAUCUUUAACGCUCUCAAUGUGGACCCAGUUCUCAACAUGUUGGUGUUUGGUGAGAGCAUCCUCAACGACGCUGUCUCUAUUGUCCUUACCAACACAGCAGAGGGUUUCUUUUCCCGCUCAGAAAACUCAGUGGUAACAGGCUGGGAAACUUUUGUGCAAGCAUUGGGAUAUUUCCUCAAAAUGUUUUUUGGUUCUGCUGCCCUGGGAACCCUCACUGGACUCAUUUCAGCUCUUUUUCUCAAACACUUUGACUUGAGGAAGACACCUUCACUGGAGUUUGGCAUGAUGAUCAUCUUUGCAUACCUUCCCUAUGGCCUGGCAGAGGGCAUCAAACUGUCUGGAAUUAUGUCCAUCCUGUUUGCAGGAAUUGUGAUGUCUCACUAUACCCAUCACAACUUGUCUCCUGUCACCCAGAUCCUCAUGCAGCAGACCCUGCGCACCAUGGCCUUCAUGUGUGAGACAUGCGUGUUUGCCUUCCUUGGUCUCUCCAUCUUCAGCUUCCCUCAUAACUUUGAAAUAUCCUUCGUCAUCUGGUGCAUUGUCCUUGUUCUUCUCGGCCGUGCCGUGAACAUCUUCCCUCUGUCAUUCUUACUCAACUUUUUCAGAGACCACAAGAUCACACCCAAGAUGAUGUUCAUCAUGUGGUUUAGCGGUUUGCGAGGUGCUAUUCCCUAUGCUUUGAGCCUUCAUUUGGGCCUAGAACCCAUCGAAAAGCGCCAGCUAAUCGGUACCACCACCAUCAUCAUCGUGCUCUUUACCAUCCUCCUCAUGGGGGGCGGGACCAUGCCACUCAUCCGCAUCAUGGACAUUGAGGAGAGCCAGUCACGUCGGAAGAACAAGAAAGACAUCAAUCUCAGCAAGACACAGAAAAUGGGUAAUACUAUUGAGUCGGAGCACCUAUCGGAGCUGACAGAGGAGGAGUAUGAGGCUCACAUAUACCAGAGACAGGAUCUUAAGGGCUUUAUGUGGCUCGAUGCGAAGUACCUUAACCCCUUCUUCACUCGGAGGCUCACACAAGAGGACCUUUUACAUGGCCGGAUCCAGAUGAAGACCCUAACCAAUAAGUGGUAUGAAGAAGUUCGCCAGGGUCCCUCAGGCUCUGAGGAUGAUGAGGAUGAAGCGGAACUUCUGUGAACUGAACAAACACUUUCAGUUCAUAAGAAAACAAUGAACAGACAUUAUGCGUCCUGGAGUGUGUGUGUGUGUGUGUGUGUGUGUGUGUGUGUGUGUGUGUGUGUGUGUGUGUGUGUGUGUGUGUGUGUGUGUGUGUGUGUGUGUGUGUGUGUGUGUGUGUGUGUGUGUGUGUGUGUGUGUGUGUGUGUGUGUGUGUGUGUGUGUGUGUGUGUGUAAGAGAGAGGGGGAGAAGACAAGCACUCUUUUGUCAGUCACAUGCGUUUGUUCACCUGUCGCUAAGUUUAUGUGACAGAAGAGUCUCAGUCAGUGCCCACUCUGUUGGAAUGUGUCAAAUCAUAGAGGAACCUCAGAACAACUGGAUGAAGGAAAAACAAAUAUGUGAAAAAUGAUGUUCCUCCAUAUGAAUGCCAUAUUGUUCCUAGCUAAAGAAAAAGUGUGUGAGCCAGGCCACUGAUCUGUUGAAUAACACAUGGGAAAGUGUGUUGUUCUUCUGAACCUUUCCCAUGUGUUUCAUUUGUAAAUGUUUGAUCUGAAGGGAAGCUGGGAGGGAAAUUUUCUAUGUAAAUCAAUACUAGAGCACCUUUUCACAUUUGUCUUGUUCAUGGCUGUGUGGCACUAGUUUUAUUUUGUUUCAGGGGAAUGAUGCAACAAAAUGUCGCUAAAGGUUCUAUUUUAAAAGUGGAAACUGUAAAGAGCCACAUAUUGUUGCUUUGAACUGUUGAAUUAGAUUUAAUUCUCUCUGGGUCUCCACAUUGUAUGCAUCCCACUGGUGAUUCAAAGUUAAUGCAUUAAAAACACAUGUACAUACACAUUUAAAGAAGAUAAAAUACAAAAAGUGACGCAUGAGCUAUCACUGCACCUUCCAGCUACGAGGCAACAAAGAGAUAUGCAGGAGAGUGUUAAAACUAGUGAAACAUGUUGGGCAAAACUAAUAACUUUCAAAACAUUAAACACCUAGCUUACAGGAGAGUAAUAACGCUCCAGAAAAUUGGGAAUUGCUUUUGUUUCCGAGAAUGUCUACGGUUUUGCUCGCAGAAAUGAACUUUUCUGUGUUUAUUUUCAUUCCCUGUCAAGGAUCCUGCAACUUCACUGUGUAAAAGAAAGAACUUGGAAAUGUUGCUUUUGUGAUUCUUCACUAUGGAUUUUUUAAUGGAGAUAGGCACCAAUGAAUGUGUGGUUAACUGGGAAUAACGUCUGGUGAAUGUCUAUGUAUUUUUUCUAUUUAUUUAUCAAAUGUUUAUGUGCUGUUUUUGGGAUAAAGGCUUUUUUACGAGCUCUAUGAGCACUGUAGGAUUCUAAAGAAAUCCUAUAAUAAAUCAUAUAUAUCCUA